UGACUCGCUUGUUGCGGAAAUCCCAAAAUUUUGGUGGCCUAUAAAAUUAUAAAAUAUAUCCGAUUUCCUCAAUUUAGUGCUGCUCUAAUGACUCGAUAAGGUUUCCAUGUUUCAUAUUUAGUUGUCUGUGCAAAAAGAUUCCAUUUCUCAAAAGAGGUCUCAAAGAUUUCAACAUGACGAAUGAUGCACUUCAUGCAUGUGCAUUUUGCCCAAAGGCAUUUCCAGCUAGUCGUGAUCUAAGACGCCACAUCUUGGUACACACUGGAGAAAGACCGUAUAAAUGUGACCAAUGUGAUCGACGGUUUGCUAGGAGAGACAAUAUGAGAUUACACAUCAGGAAUGUCCAUUACGGCGAAAGGACAUGGUUGAAAACGCACCGCAAGAAAAAAGUUGUUAACCUGAUGCAUGAAGCGAAUUUACAAUCUCCCAAUGAUUACAAUCCAAACAUGCCGAAAUAUCAGUGCUCGCAAUGUGAGAAAAUGUUCUACAGUCAACGAUCAUUGAAUAUGCAUAUGACAAUACAUAAUCGGAGCACUCCGUUGAUAUGUGGACAGUGUAACAAGCACUUUGCUCAUAUUGGUACCCUGAACUUACACCUGGCGGCGCAUGUACGUGAAAAAGCGCAACAUUACAACUGUAAACUGUGUCCUCAACGAUUCCAUAAGCAAGAACACUUACAAACUCAUAUGUUGAUUCAUUCAGGGGAAGUGGUUACUUACCCAGAUGGGGAAAUGGUUACUUACCCCGAUAGGGAAGUGGUUGCUCACCCAGAUGGGGAAAUGGUUGCCCAACCAGAUGAGGAAGUAGCUUCUAAGCCAGAGGGUGUAGUAUAUACUACACCAGUCACCCUGAAGAGACGUAGACAAUCACACACUGGUGGUAAAGUAUUUGAAUGUGACACGUGCGAAAAGAAGUUCUCAGAUCAGCGGAAACUAGCCAUCCAUGUUCUAAUCAAGACUCACUCAGGCAAGGUACCUUAUGAAUGUAAGCAAUGUGGUAAAAGCUUCAAUAGUGUAGCUGGCCUGAAACGACAUAAGACGGUUAUGCACAAGAAGGAGAAUAAAUCUGUUUACAGCGAAAGACUGAAUAGUAAGGGGAACUUAAGAGCUCAUGCAAGGACACACUCUGGGUCCUUGAUGACACAUAUCAGUAGAAUCUUGAACGCACAUUCUGGUGGAGUCCUGGAAGCGCAUACUGGUAGAAAUACAAAGGUACGCAGUGAACGCAAGUCUAAGUCACAACGGAAUGUGAAAGCUCUGACACCUGUUCAGGCUAGUUCUGGUGAGGAAAUGAAAGAACUUAUCAGCGGGAUUCUGAAGGCAAAUACGGGGAGGACAUUGAAAUCACAUAUUGUUGGAAAUGCGAGGAGUAAUGUUCGCAACGUAAGCGGACGUAUUCCUGGGAACUUCAAGAGGGUCACAGAUACGAAUGGCAACUUUAAGGCACAGGCAAAUAGGAAUUUAAAGUCACACUUUGCGGGGAACCUGAAAGCAAAGAUUGGUCGCAGUUUGCCAAAACCGGCUCGUGGAAACUUGAAGUCACAUUUUGCGGGUAGCAUGAGUGCUCCGACUCUCCCGGUACAAGUCGAGAAGCUGCAGAUAAGCACCAACAGUAAAACUCCCAUCAACGGAAGCAUCAAAAUACAGAACAAGAAAGCGUCGGGCAUGGCUGCUGAAGAUAACAAAUUUAAAUGUAAAAAAUGUACUAAAUCCUUCUCUUUUGCUGGGCUGUUAAAAAGGCAUGCAAAGAUUCAUAACCAAGAACCACUCACAUUGAAUGCAAGUGUGAAGAGUGAGGCUGAGUUGACUCCUGUCAAAACUGAGGUGGUUGACGUGGUUAACAAGGGUGAGAUCCAGAUUGAAUGUGAGCAUUGUGGCAAGCAUUUCUCUCUCCAGAGUUACUAUGACUUACAUUGUAAAAUAAUGCACCGUAAUCUUGUUAAAACUGCAUAGAUCACUUAAUCUCAUAUUUUACAUAUAAAUUGGUAUUUGUAUCAUUUACAAUUUCCUUGGAAUUUAUUCAACAAGUUCUUGUGUUAUCAGUCAUAUAUACUAUUUGUACCUUUCAUGUCUUUGCCUUAGAAAUAUAGGCAUCCAUAUCAAAACCAAUUGGUCCUAGGUUUUCAUAAAGUGCCUACAACUAUUUUUUUCUAAGUUUGGGGAAAAUGGCUGCAUUUGAAAUAUUAUAGGAUUGAAUUUCUCAAUUUUUUUGACUGGAGUUAAAUAAUCAUCUUCCAAUGAUGAGGAAAUUUAUUACUCUAUUGUGGCUGUAGGGCCUAUGUCAGAAAAAUAUAUUCAUCUAGUCCCUACCAGGAGAGGCAUACAUGUAUGUGUUGAAAUUUGCCUAAUGUACAGUGUACUAAUGGUGUGCAUGUACAUGUCAGUGGUUGAGCUCAGGUAGCUUGGAAUUGGAUUGUUCAGUAAUGAACAAGUGCACAGACAAGCAUGAUUGGAACACAUUUGAAAGUACAUUGUACAGUUAUAUGUCCCACUACUUGGUCAGUAUCAUUGCGUAAAUAGACUUUUACACCAUAUGAAAUUUAGUGGGAGGAACUAAAUUGUGACAGCGUGGAGUGGUGUUCAAGCAUUCUUGUCUCUGUGUAUGCUGAUUAUUUUUUGUAAAUUUUAUAUCUAACCAGAUUAACUUAGUAUAGAUUCAUCGCAUGUUCAUUUUUAUAUUCCUGUUACUGUAAAUUUAUCUGAAUUUUAUUACUGAUUACCCUGUUGAGUGUGAUUUGAAACCUUGUGCUUCAAUAAUCAAGUUCUAAGUUAUCAAUACCAUGUUGCGUCAACAUUGUCCUAAAUUAUAUUGGUCUCUCCAGAAAAUCUUCUUUUUUUGGUGAUCAGCCCAUGAGCUGAAGAAGUUUUUGUGGACUGAUCAUGGCGAUCUUUUGAAGGUCAGAUCUAUCAUUUUUGUGUUAACUAGGUUGAGCAUCAUACUACAGAUUAGUGAAGGUUUUUUCUUUUUCUUUUAGCUGUUUUAUGUCACAGAGUUUUAAAAGUGAUCUCCAGGUUGCAGUAUGCAUGGUUUGAAUCAUUUCAAAGUUGUGGUUUGUUCUGGUGAUGAAUAAUAUGGUGAGGUUCAUAAGUCGGGCAAGGAUACCUGAAGGGCGAGUUUUAGCCUUAUUAGGGAGCUUCAUCCAUGCCAGUCACGACUUGUCAUGGUGCAGCUUGAUAUUUGGGUGAGACAGCGAAAAUAUAUACAGUAUUAGUAGUUGAACCAAAAAAUGUACAAUCUCUCUUUACAUCAAUUGACAAGGUGGAUUUGUAUAUCAUCUUUGAAAUAAACAACGAUAUUCCCAGAUGUGGGACUAUAACUCACCCUUCAUUGCCUGACUGUUCAUGUCUAUGCAUGAACAUGUACAACGUGUAAAUAAUGUUCAAAUGUAUAAAUCAUAUUAUAAUAUAAAACUGGAGAUAAAGUGACUACAUGUGUAGAAUGAAGAAAAAGGGUAGACUACUAUGAUGUAUUGGUUCUGUGGUGCCUUGGGUUGCCCAUUUGGAGAGAUUUUCAAAUAUUUCUGAACAAUUUUGCAAUAUUAUCCGCUGCUGAAUAGAGUUUUAUAACAGUUAUACAGUACCAAAGAAUAGAUAAAAUAUUGUUAAUAGUGCCUUGAUGGCUUGGUUAUAUUAUAAUCUUGUUUCCAAAUUGUCAGUCCCGAGAUGUUGAGUUUAAAAGAUAUAUUAUAUAAUUGCAGUUGGCUCAAGUGUACAUGUUUCAGAGUCUUCCAAAGUCCGAAUGAAAGUUAUAUUUUUUAUAUUUUAAUACUGAGCAGGAAACUUGGCUCAAAUAAUGUUUUCUGUGUCUUCCAGUUCCAGUCUAAAGGUCGGGAAUAAUAUGUGUGUCAUUGCUUCCAUAAAACCAGUAUUUUUUGGUAAAAACUUUUUAAUAGCAAUACUGCUGUAUUGAAUAAUUGAUUCCUUCUUACAUGUUUUAUGAAAGCUUGCCAUAGACAUAGCCCCAGGGGGGUUAUAUGUCAAAAAUACAUUGCAAGCGGGCUUUUCAUGGUCAGUUUAGUCGAAGGACUUUCGCAGUCAAAUUCAAAGAUUUCUUCACCUACAAAUAUGGUUACAUGAGGUAGCCCAAUGCAAGUCAUUCCAGGAAAUUUAAGCAUAAGGUGACCGAUUUUACGUAACCUGACAGUUGUCAUAGGCCUAUUAUAAGUAGUUUUGUAGAUUAAAACAGAGUAUUUAUAGUUUACUAUAGAUUAUUAUGUUUUGUCAAAUACUAUUAUAUUGUAAUAUAAAUGUGUAAAGUAGAUGGACUGGCAUUAUAGACAGGUCUCAUGUUGGGAGAUAUUUGUUUUGUUGCUUGGUGAAAUAAUAUCAGUGACAACUUAUGGAUGUUUUCCUGGUAUCAGCUGCAAAAGUGCUAUUCUAAGUCUCUGGAUGAACUACUCCUUUGCCUAACCUGAAAUUUGUCUAAUGCCAGAAUAGAUUUAUUUAGUUAUAUAAUAAUUUGUCCAAAACUAAAGCAUAAGUUGGUGAGAACUAGUGUUCGUAAAUGUAGAAUGUAAGUGUGAAACUACCAAAUUUAUUGAAUUGCCUCGGUUAGGAUGCCUGGCAACAGGUUUGUCCUGCAGCUAGAUCUGUCCUCCCAUGUUGAGCUUGAAUGCUGUAAAGUGUAAAAUCAGCUCCUUGAUAAUGAUUUCAAAUAGGGUAGUUAUUAUAAAACCAUUUUUCAUAAUCAACUAAUAUAAUAUGGUAUCAUAUUUUUAUACAGUAAGUGAUAUCUGUUAAUAAUGUUUGCUGCUGCAGAUUGGAAUUGUCAUAUUUUUUAAUGGUUUUCAUAUUUUGUGGAAUCGUGCUUUAUGCACUCUUUAGUCAAGUGCCUUCAAACUUGCAAACCAGAGGGUUAAAUUCAGGAAAGACCGUCCUAAAUGUCUAAUGAAUUCAGCUUUGAAUAUUCAUGAAUGUCCUGUAUAAGAGUAAUAACUCAAUAAAAUGUUCCAGUUAUACAGAUGUAUGGUAGAACCUCUCUGGUGAUAAAGGACACCCUUGGACUGACAAAUGCUGUCCUUAUUUAUGACCCAUUACAUUUCAAUGGAAACAACCAAUUUUGGACCAAAUACGGUGUCCCUCAUAAGGAGGGCGUCUCUUUAAACAGAGAGGUGUUCGCAAAAGGGAGGUUCCACGGUGUAUUGCAUGCCAGAAGUGCUAAUAAUAUGGUUUGUAUGUAGAUGGACCCAAGUACAUCCACCAUCUGUUAAUGUCAUCUCCACCCCAACAACACGAGAGGACCUGUCAUCAUUACAUCGUGACAAACUAAAGUGCCCCGCAAACCAGAGAUUUUAACCCAGCAACCUGCAACAAUUAUCAUUGCGAUGAGAGACAAAAAGUGCUUGUCACCGGUCAUCGCUGGGUUACAUGUUAUGGCUGGUAGCAGAGACGAAUAUGUCUUAUCUUGUCGAAUGUGAUAGUUGUUGGAGUUUGCUUGAGUUACCAAAAGGUUUUUGUUUGCAGGGCACUUAAAUUUCUUCAUUACUCUUUUAGAACUGGAAAUGGUGAUUUGAUAUCAACAUUUGUGGAUGUACUUGAAGUGUAUCCUUUCGUUUUCUUUCUAAAUCUAAUAUAUUUCAUAACUUCACAGAUCUUUUUUUUAGUAUUUUGGUGUAUGGGUAUCUAUCAUGAAUAGAGAUAUCAAUCAUGAAACCUAGAAUUUAAAUGAAUAGCAAAUGGGUAGGGCUUUUGAAAUUGAAAUUUUAAAUUGCCACAGUUUUCCUGUGUGUUUGUAUAAUAAAACCAAAAACUAAUGUAAA